AUGAAAGCAAGAAUUUGGCAGAUAUGCUUGGGUAUUGCAAGAGGCCCGGCUUAUCUCCAUGAAGAGUCUAGCGUCCGAGUUGUGCACAGGGACAUAAAGGCUAGCAAUGUCUUGCUUGAUGCCAAUCUCAACCCUAAGAUCUCAGAUUUCGGGCUCGCCAAACUCUGUGAUGACAAGAAGACACAUGUCAGCACAAAAGUUGCUGGUACAUUUGGUUAUCUUGCACCUGAGUACGCCAGGAGAGGUCUUAUGACUGAGAAAGUUGAUGUGUUUGCUUUUGGUGUGGUCACCUUGGAGACUAUAGCUGGAAGACCAAACUACGAUGAUAGGCUUGGCGAAGACAAAGCAUAUCUUUUGGAAUGGGUCUGGCAACUUUACGAGGAUGGCCAUCCUCUGAACGUCACGGACCCCAGGCUCACGGAAUUCAACAGCGACGAGGUGCUCCGUGCCAUCCGCGUCGGCCUCCUCUGCAUCCAGAGCUCACCCCGACAGCGGCCACCCAUGUCGAGGGUGGUGGCGAUGCUUGCUGGGGACAUCGAGGUGCCCGAGGCGGUCACUAAGCCAAGCUACGUCACCGAGUGGCAGAGAAACGCCAUUGAGACGUCGAGCUCGAAGCCAGGACCGGAGGCCAUGUCCGCGUCGCCGUUCUUGAGUUCUGUUAUCGAUGAAGGCCGGUGA